AUGACAAUCGUUGCAUCGUGGGUUUGGAAGGUUCCCGAGAACUCACCGCCCCAAGCCGCUGCUGGUCUUUCCAUCGUUGGGCUGACAGCGGCCACUGGCCUUUUCAACGACAUUGGCCUUCCACUACCACCGAGUGUUGCACAGGGUACGUCUGAUGAGGGUGCCGCUGCCCCAGAGGGAACUUUAGUCAUCUGGGGCGCUGCAACAGGUGUUGGCAUGGCUGCUGUUCAGUUUGCCCGGGCAGCGCGAGUGUCUUCCAUCAUCGCCAUUGCCUCUUCUAAACGACACGAAUAUCUGAACACGCUGGGUGCAACGCAGACCUUCGACUACAACGAUACAGAUGUAACCGAAAAGGUCAAAUCAGCCCUGAAGUCAACCAGCGGAACAAUAUGGGCCCUUGACGCGCGUGGAUCUCCCGAGUCACAAGCCCUACUCAAGAAAGCGAUUCCCCAACACGAUAAAGCUGUUCUUGCUUCAGUGAUGCUGGGCGGCGAUCCAGGGUAUAAAGGGAUCAUGGGGGCUCGCCAUUUCGAUGUCGAGUUCGAGUUGCCUGGGGGUCAAAAGAUGACCUGGCGCAAGGACAUGGCUGCUGCUGAUCGACACUGGAGGGGCUUUCGCUGGGCUGCCGAGAAUUAUGGUGCCCCCGGCGGGUAUGUACCAACGCCUGUACGUGUCUUUGAAGGAUCUGGAGAGGAUGCCAUCAAGGAGGUGUAUAAUGUAAAGAACAUGGGCACUUUUGGAAAGUUGGUGCUCAAGCAUCCUCUGAAACAAUUGGAUCUAUAUUGGUAUGAUAGACAGAUGUGGACUGGACUAAGUUCUCUGGGCUGA